AUGACUCUACCAGCCACCAAACACUGUAUCCUCUCCUUUCCUGCUCCUGGCAUAUUGCUGGUGCUUAUCAACAGACCACGUACCCUCAACAGUCUAUCUCUAGAGGCGAGCUAUGAGCUGGAUUCCGUGUUCAAAUGGUUCGAUGAGGACCUGAGUUGCCGCGUGGCCAUUAUCAGUGGGGUAGGCAAAGCGUUCUGCACUGGAGCAGAUCUCAAAGAAUGGACAGAAAACAACAAGAAAGGAAUACGCAUGAGGCUUCCUGAGAAUGGAUUCGGAGGCUUGUCCUUUAGGAGCGGUAAAAAGCCCGUCAUUGCUGCGGUGAAUGGGGCAGCGUACGGGGGAGGCUGCGAAAUGAUUGCCAACUGCGACAUGAUCAUCGCCUCAUCCUCUGCAACCUUUGCUCUGCCCGAGGUGAAGCGCGGUGUGACCCCAUUUGGAGGCGCCCUGCCCCGAAUCAUGCAGACGGCAGGUCGUCAGCGGGCAACAGAACUCGCUCUGACGGGGCGAGUCGCGAGCGCACAGGAGUUUAUGGACUGGGGCAUCUGCAAUCUUGUCGUAGAGGAAGGAGAGAGUGUUGUGGAUAAGGCACUGGAGUAUGCCAAGAUGAUCUCUGACAAUAGCCCAGAUGCCGUCAUAGUGACCCGAGAAGGCUUGAAACUUGGCUGGGAUGGUCUUGGGGUUAAGGAUUCGAGCCGCAUUUUUCUGGACGGUUGGAGUAACCGGAUCUACGAAGGACCCAACAUGCAGGAAGGAUUAGACGCAUUUAGAGAGAAGAGAGCGCCGAGAUGGACGGACAGCAAGCUCUAA